GCUUACAUAACUCCUGUGUGUGUGUGUGUGUGCGAAGUUAAGGAUCUGGUCAAAGGAAACACAAUGCUCCGUCUGAUUUUGCUGUAUUUGUCGGGGUUGUUAUGUUUCGCACCUGUGCGCUCGCACCCGCAGUGUUUGGACUUCAAGCCGCCGUUUCAGCCGCUGCAGGAGCUGCAGUUCUGCGUCAUGUACAAACACUUCGGCUGCUGCGACUUCGCCAGAGACCAGGAGCUCAUGAAGAAGUUUUACCGCAUCCUGGACAACUUCGACUACUACGGCUAUGAGAAUUGUGCCGGGUACGUGCAAGACCUUCUGUGUCAGGAAUGCUCACCAUACGCUGCUCAUCUUUUUGAUGCUGAAGAUCCCAGUACACCCCUGAGAUCCAUUCCAGGACUCUGUCCAGACUACUGCUCCAUUUUCUACUCUAAAUGCAGAUCCACCAUUCCUCUGCUGUCAGACGACCCACGCCUGUCACAGCUAGAGCACGACCGCACCAGACUCUGUCGGUAUCUGGAGCUGGACGAUUCAGACUACUGCUUCCCUCGCGUCCUGAGCAACGAGGUCUUGAACAAAAACCUGGGACGCGUCACGGCGGAUAGAGAUGGCUGCCUCCAGCUGUGCUUGGAGGAAGUAGCUAACGGACUUAGGAACCCUUUAGCUAUGGUGCACGCCAACGACGGCACACACAGGUUCUUUAUCGCAGAGCAAGUCGGCCUGGUUUGGGUGUAUCUUCCAAAUAAGUCGAAGUUGGGGAAGCCAUUUUUGAACAUCACGAAGACUGUGCUGACGUCUCCAUGGGAAGGCGAUGAAAGGGGAUUCCUGGGUCUCGCUUUCCAUCCCAGGUUUAAGUACAACGGAAAGCUCUACGUCUACUACUCCGUCGAGGUGGGCUUCGACGAGAGGAUCCGAAUCAGCGAGUUUCGGAUCUCCGCUGCAGAUAUGAACGUUGUUGACCAUACUUCUGAAAGAGUUAUAUUAGAGAUCGAUGAACCUGCUUCGAAUCACAACGGAGGCCAGCUGCUCUUUGCUGAUGAUGGCUACUUGUACAUCUUCACUGGUGACGGUGGCAUGGCCGGAGACCCUUUUGGAAAAUUUGGGAAUGCGCAAAACAAGUCUGCUCUGCUGGGUAAGGUCCUCCGCAUCGACGUGGACGAUAACGAGAAGGGACCGCUGUACAAAAUCCCUCCUGACAACCCGUUUGUGCACGAGCGCGACGCUCGGCCUGAAGUGUAUGCCUACGGCGUGAGGAACAUGUGGAGGUGCUCUGUGGACAGAGGCGACCCUUUCACCAAGGACGGCAAAGGACGCAUCUUCUGCGGCGACGUGGGCCAGAAUAAAUACGAGGAGGUUGAUCUGGUGGAGAAAGGCAGGAACUAUGGCUGGAGAGCAAAAGAAGGCUUCUCUUGUUAUGACAAGAAACUGUGUGCCAACAGCUCUUUAGGCGAUGUUCUUCCGAUUUACGCAUAUCCUCAUAAGAUGGGGAAAUCGGUAACAGGAGGAUACGUCUACCGAGGCUGUGAAUACCCCAAUUUAAACGGAAUGUACAUAUUCGGAGAUUUUAUGAGUGGACGCUUGAUGAGCCUAAAGGAGAACCGUAACACACGCCGAUGGGAGUACAGUGAGAUCUGCAUGGGCUUGGGCCAGACCUGUGCGUUUCCAGGCCUCAUUAACAAUUACUACCCGUAUGUCAUUUCUUUUGGUGAGGAUGAAGCAGGUGAACUCUACUUCCUGUCUACUGAAGUUCCAAGUGCAACGUCACCCACCGGGGUUGUGUAUAAAAUCGUCGAUCCGUCACGACGUGCUCCACCUGGAAAAUGUCAUUACACCCCCCUUCCAGUGCAAGUCAAGAGCAGGCUUGUAGCAUUCAAGCCAAAGGAAACAUUAAUUGGCGUUGAAAUACCAACAAAACGACCACGACUCUCAGAAACAGCUGAGUUUGAAAACAAACCAACAGAACCUCCGCAUGAAACGACAAAAGAUUGGAUUCAGGAGUUGUUGGACAUCCUAAGACAAGAGGAGGACACCAUGGGUAUGACCACACCAUUUCCGACGACUACAACCACUACCACCAAGGCCACACCUAGACAUUCCCGUAAAGGCAGACGGAAAAAAGUUAAGAAGUCUGAAAAUGGUGCGGUGAGACUGAUGGGAGAUGAGCAAGGCCGGAAAGACCGUGGCAGAGUGGAAAUCUACGCCAACGGGGAAUGGGGGACCGUCUGCGAUGAUCUCUGGAACACCCAAAACGCCGCAGUGGUGUGUCGACAGCUAGGAUUCAGCUACGCUCUCAAAGCCUCUAGAAAUGCCGAGUUUGGGGAAGGGAAGCAUCUGAGGAUACUUCUGGAUGACGUGCAGUGUGAGGGAACAGAGGAAACCCUUCUGAAUUGCCAGCAUUCAGGUGUAGGCAUACACAACUGCGGUCAUCACGAGGACGCAGGCGUCAUAUGCAGCAAUUCAGAACAAGUCGAAUAUUAGCAUUCAGGACGGCCUCUGUGUGAAAUACAGAUGGAGAAACAGACGUAAAUUGUGAAAAAAAAAUAGCACAUAGGUCUACCUCAUCAACUGAAAUAAUGAGAAAUGUCACAAUAACCGUUAAUGAACGUGUAACUGAGCUCCAUCAUGUUUAAUGAAGCAAAUACAUGUAUGUGAAUACUUGGAUUUUGUAUUAUAUAUUGAAAUAAAGUAAUUAUAUGAA